ACCAUUGGUAAGUAUGGGAAAAUUAUUGUUUACUCCAGGAAAAUUCAUUUUUUUGGCCAAAACGAAGAGUUAAUAUCCCUUUAAUCAAUCAAAUAAUGAGAUUUAAGCUGUCUUGGCGGAGGUCUGCAUCCUCUGAAUGCUUUUCUAUUUUGUCAAUAUUUUUAUAUAAUUUUUUAAAAAAUCUAUGCAUUUUGAAGCUCAGAUAAGCAAUAAAAAUAUUCGAGAUUGUCUGUUACUGCUGACCAGGUAUGUUUCUUAUUGUAAAUGAUAUUUUAAUAAAUGGUUUAGUAAUACCUUGUCUGGGCACAGUGUGCGCUUAAUUAAUAGUUAUUGAUAUAAACAUGUAUUUUGUAUUUCACUGCUCUUCAUGGUCAUUGGUUACUAGUAGUAGUUAGUUUAUCAGUAAAUGGCUGACUUUAUUUAAAGCAGCUUGUACCGACAGCUCCUCGUUUAUUGUGCCCAGGUACAGAUAAUAUAUUGCUACGGACCAAACGGUUUCACAGCAUGUUAACGACCUUUAGUAUCAACACUGCUUUUUUCGUAACAUCAGUGCCUAUUUAAGUAUUCAAAUGACCACUACUUUCCUUCCUUCAUUCAUUCUGCUGUUGCCACAAGAUAACCCAGUCUUCUCAGGUGCUACGAGUCUGCAGUAGACAACAUUGUUUGUGAGAUCUUAUUUCACAUAAUUAGAAAUAAAUAUAUUUAUAAACCGCCAUUCAACAUGCUUUAUAAUCUGUGUGAUGAAUUUGUGUAAAUGUGUGUUCUAUGGAUUUAUUUCACGAGCUAGAUACUUGAUUUAGCGGGUUAAUUUCGGUUAGCAUGAAGAAUAGUUAUCAAAAAGUCAUAAACUUCCAACACACAUAGCUAUUGCCAUGAUGCACAUUAAACGCACGCACUGCAUUACACUAUUUCCCAUCCUACACCACAUCAUGUUAUGUUAGCACCAUAGCGUGGUCCCAUUAGUUUGGCAGCGGACUUGUUACGACAACUCUACGCGCCAAUUUCUGAAUUUUUUUGGCAACUAUUGUGGCAUGACAAGCCCUCUUGCAAAACACGAACUCAUUACAAGCUGUCACCUCAGGAAGGGUGAUCACAGUUGGCUACGUUGCAAAUUGCGUGUCUUUGCGGUGGAGAAUGGUGCCACAUUGUCGAUCAUAUUUGGGCGUGGCCAGUUCCACUUUCAUGGACUUUUCACAUUUAUGAGUGCUUAAUACGAUCACAUGAAUAUUGGUGGCAAACUUUUGUCAACCCUAUGUGUCAAUCGCUGAGCGACCUAGAUGUACUGCAACAGUCCAUAGCACUGGGGGAGAAAAAAUACCGUAACUUAUUUCAGUUAGGUGAAUGAUAAAUGUUAAGUACUGUACUGAAUUGUUGUACGGACACAAUACGAAUAUUAAUGCUGACAGCAACAUGUGGAAUGCAAGCUGUUGAAAAUUGGUAAUUAUUCACACCUGGAUACAUGAGGGACCAUAUUUUUUCAUUUUAUAUUUGAAAUGUAUUUUUACGUUUAUGUCAAAGAUCAAUAAAAUUAUGAUAAAAUAUGUGUUGGUGAUACAGACAAUGGACGGUGUUUCUUGCGUGAAUUAGACACAUCUAAACUUAUUAAGACUUGCGUUGUCUAGGGGCAAUUUUGGCUGAACUCCGCAACCCUACAUCGUAGCCAAUAGGUUAGGACUACAGGUAACACUGUAUCAUCAAAUUCCCAGUGGAUAUCAGUGCACCAGGUAGAAAGGAAGUUUAUCAAACUGUAUUGUGGGGAAAUCAUCAGAGAUCAUAUAGCAAAACGCAUGUGUCGAUCCAGGAUUUGGGUGUUUUGUGGAAUUAAUGCUUUAUUAUGUAGCGGUAUUUACCUGUGGUUGUUUGUAAACUACCAUACCCAUGAAGAGAGGCGCGACCACAGAUUCUGGGCGGCAAAGGCACUUCGAGAGUUGUCAAUAUUGGGAAAUAAAAAGGAAAUUCGGUACAGGUUAGAUUAUACCAGAAAUCGGGGAACAAAAUACAGAAUCCUUUGCUGGAUACUUACAGACCCAGAUGAUUUACAAAAGAGAACGAUUCAUGUAAAAAAUACAUGGACUCGAAGGUGUGACAAAAGUUUAUUCAUGAGCUCCGCAGAAAAUAAAAGUUUUCCGACGAUCGGGCUUAAUGUUAGUAGCGGGAGGGAGCACAUCGCCGCAAAGUCAAAAGCGGCAUGGGUAUACAUUUACAACAAUUUUGCCAGCAGUGCAGAUUACUUCAUGAAAGCCGAUCCAGACACUUACGUUAUUAUAGAAAACUUAAGAAACUACCUGUCCUUUCGAGACUCUUCAGUGGCAGAAUAUUUUGGUCAUUCUUUCAAGCUACCACACAGACAGCUUAAUUUCACAUACAUGAGCGGAGGGUCUGGCUUGGUACUGUCCAAGGAGGCGCUUCGACUCUUAGUCACCAAAGCCUUUUUCUUAAAACCUUCUUGCAUACCAGAUGGAACAGGUGAGGACUGGAAAACUGCUCAAUGUCUAAGCAGAGUCGGAGCUAAAGCAGUAAACACAACUGACGAACUUGGUAGGGAAAGAUUUUUGCCGUUCACACCUCUGACACACAUCUUGGGACAGUACCCUAAAUGGUAUUAUACGUGGGAUCAGAACAGAGCCCGACGGGGGCUGAACUGCUGCAGCAAAUAUCCCAUCUCAUUCCACUACAUGAGUCCAAGAGAACUGAACACUUUGGAAUACCUGUUUUACCAUGUUCGCGUUGCUAAGGAAAAGGUUUAGACACUUAAAAUUUUGGAAAUACGUAAGCAUCAUUAGAUUUCAAGAAAGAAAAGGAUGUACAUCUCUGGGAUAUAUUCCUGUAAUGUUUUGGUUAUAUCGCUAUGCAGCAAAAUGAUCCAACAAUUUUAAGUGGGUCUACUAUUUACUUCAAAUACUACAAAAAUAUUUUAAAUCGGAGCCACUUUCGAAACGUCACUCCUUCUGCGUUAAUUCUUAAUACUAGAACGAUGAUUGAAAGGGCCAUUUUUCCUUUCUAAGUAUACACGGAAUGUCCUGAGACUACAAAUUGGCAUGACGUUCUGACAAAUGAUCGGAUUACUUGGGAGUUUGUCAUUGGAAAGCUAAUCACGUCCAACUAAGCCAGCUGUGGGCAAUUAUUACACAUAAUGAUGUACUACCUAGAAAAUUGACUCUCUUGAAAGUAUAAAUAAGUCCUUUUCCUCUUAUUUCUCAAACACAAUGUUAAGUCUAUGCGUGAUGUGGAUCUUUUAUACGAUGCUGUGGUCCCAGGUAAUUUUAUGACACAUUUACAUUGUAGCUUUUCUAACACUUAAAGUAAUUUAGUUUAAAUGUAAACUUUCGGUAGAUCAAUAACUUUAAACGAAACUUCAUUCAGUGGUCUAGAACAAAUUUGUGCCUCGUGUUGUCUUCAUUUAAGUAUCAUUACUGACAUGUUACGUUUUUAGGUAACAGGUGACGAUUUUAUUCACAACAGAGCUGUACACUUGUUUUAAAUGUUAAAAUUAAAAGAAAAACUCGAUGGUGUUACUUUAAACACACACACGCACGCACACACACACACACACUUAAAGUUUGAAAUUUAUGCAGAGCGUGCAUUCUAUUACAAAUCGUUUCUGUUGCACGCAUGUAGACCUUUUGUCAUACUGUUCAUCUUUAGGUUUUAGACACAGCAAGUUGUGAAAGAACCUGGGCAGCCCGAAGCAUUUCAAUAUCAGUUACAAGGGAAAGAAGCGAGAGAAAACAAACAGUUGUAGCAGUGUUCCAAAAAUCACAAAAUGCAGAUCAAUUGUAUACUAUUUCAGGCCCAGAAAAGUGGAUAAAAAAUUUGGAGAGGACAAUCAGUAUGGACUAUCGGAACAUUGUACUUGACAUUGCUCGAAAGGGUACGGCAAAAAAUCGGCACCAAAGAUCACUCACCGGUUCUAAUUACAAGGAGACAAUUCUAACAAAAAACUUUUCAGAGAACUUGGGUUCGGCCUUGCAAGAGAACAUUGAUUUCAACGCAACAGUUCUGUACGAACAUAAAGUGGACUGGAGUUUGCCAGUAUUUGAAAACAGCAGUGAGAAUUUAAAUGAUAGCAACUCGGCUGAUCGUGGGAGAAAUGACGCUAUGGUUUACGUGCUAAUUUCCACAGAUGUUUGGUGUGUUUUUACCAACAUAAUGAACACACUGAUUUGGACAAAGUUGAAAAAAGAGCCUCAUUCCAAGCAUUUUAUAUCUUUUUUCAUUGUGCUCGCAGUUUCCGAUGGUUUAACUUGCGCCAUGAGAUUCCCAAUAUAUAUGGCUAAGGGUAUAGCUCCCUUACUUCCGAAAUAUGCAAGUAAAGACCUCAGGAUGUUGCACGUCUAUUGUAGUGCUAUAUCUAAACUGAUAUUUUACUUUUCGCAUUUGCUAUUGACCUCUAUCUCAGUAGGGCGUUUCUUAGUCCUCAGAUACCCUUUAUUAAUCUAUAAACGAAAAUCCGCCGUGAAAAAGUUAACAUUUGUUUGGAUAUCAAUUUUACUCUUUGUGGUGAUUAUAAUAGCUAUUACCCAAUUUCAGACUUUGGCCUCCGGUAAAAAAAUAGACAGAACACAUGCCGAGAUUGUUGCCAUCGUUAUACCCUUAGCGAUCCAACUUAUAUCGGGCUCAUGUUUGCUUCGACUCAUGACCAUUCGCAACUCCCAAGCGAAAGGGCCUACUGGUCCAGUUUCGCAGAGUUUGUCUGCUCAAAACAACAUCACCGCGGCUAUUACGUUUAACACAUUAGCAGCGUUCAUGUUAAUCCUCCCGUACACUGUCCACACUACUUUAGUAAAUGCUGGAUUGGUUAAGCGCUCUGGUCUCAUCACCCAUAUUCUCAGUACAUUUCGCGUUAUGAACUGUGGUGUUAAUUUUAUCAUAUACUUAUUAACACAUGUUAGAUUUCGCAAAAAGAUUCAGGAAGUGUUACACAUUGAUGUAAUUUGUCGCAAAAAUAAAAUCCAGGCGAAUCCCGAAACCGAUAAUGAGUCGAUACAACAAUCCGGCAAUGGGGGUAAUCCUUUCGAAACUUUUCAAUUUAUCCGACUGGGUGUAGUAAAUAAUUUGAAUACUGUAGACACGAUGCCCCAAUCUAACGUAAAUGGCCAAGAGUAAAGAAUUCCCACAGAACCUUGAGUUGGACGUGUUGUCUGUAGCAACCACACAGCUUCACAUCCAACUUCUGGUUCUCUUAUUGGCGAUCUUGUAAUCAAAUAGAGUAUCCCGAGCGUUAAUAACCAACAUCUAUACUAACCAUAAGGUCUACCAAUAUUUUUUGGGGGGAAAGUAGGGAUCGACUACUCCCGUUAUUGAGCCUGUAAAAAACGCACAGACUUUUUAUGGUUUUCUCUAAGUUAAGUUGUGAUUCACACUUGUAUUUUGCUUGUAUCACGCACACUAAAUAUUGUUUUGCUUUGCUUUGUAGGUCGGUUGUAUAAAAUACAUAAAAAUGUACGUUUCCAGAUAAAUAUUUUUCCUUGUUCAUUUGUUAGGAACCUCUUUCAAACAAUAACAGUAAUAAAUUGUACUAUCAAUUGGUGAUAUUUUUCUGCAAAUGCCUUAUCUGAUUGGCAUACCUGACUGUUCAUUAUCAAACUAUUCGUUUAUUUUAUAUUCACUGAAUUGGCUGGCAUUGAAUGCUGCCAAGAAGAACGAAUGUGAACCAAGUGCUCUUCUGAU